AUGUUUGUUCCGUUGAGCUCAGGUGAAGAGCACUUCUUGCGACAAGAAGAGUCUCAGCGGCGAAGAAAGCAGAGGCUUAUCGAGGUGCGUCGGCAAGAAAAACGGAUCGCGCAGGAACAAGCGCAAUGGUACAAAGCCCAGCUGAAGCAAACGCACAACAGGAAGCGCGCAGCACGCAUGCAAGUGGCUGAAGUGGAGAAGUCUGUCGUGUUGUCGUCGCUGCACGCCAAGUACAAUGCGUCGCUGGCUGCCAUUGGCGACGCGCAUACAUUGGCAACGGAGCUCAACUCUAGUCUCCAGGCGCGCGCGAAGCGACAGCUUGAGGUCCUCGCACACAACGACGGCGUAGAAGACCAGCGUUUCUCGUCGGCUGUGGAGGAUGCCCUCGAGGACGUUCGACGGCGCACCGCGCGGGAGCGCAUUGCGCGCGAAAACAUGGCCAAAAUCCACGAAAUCGCAAGUCGACAGCGGGCGCAUGCCGAGAAAGUCCAGCGACACAAACUUGAGCGGGACGAGCGCGAGCGGCAGCAUCGCGACGCGAUGGCUCGUGCGGUGGAGGCGCGUCGGGAGCACACGACCGUAUCGCCGACAUCCGUCGCUCCCGUCCAGGUGCACGAGUCCAUGCUUCAUCACUCCCGCCUGCACGCCAUGACGCACACAACAUCAUCCUCCGUAACGAGAAAUCGAAUCGUGCGGCACAAUGUCCAUCACGCUGCCGCGAUGGAUGCGUGGAACGAAGGCCGUCGUAAGCGGCACGAGGUGGACCAAGCAACUCAUGCAAAGUUCAUGGCCGCGGAAGCGCAGACAGCUGACGCCCGCGACCGCGGCGCCGUCGCCGAGCGCCAGAUGGUCGACGACCUCGACGCCAAGACGACGCUGCAGUGGCUACAGGACGCAGACAGAGUGUACACCCAGCAAACAGCCGCCCGGCAGCGCGACCUCCGCUACGUCAUGCAUCGAUCCGCGAGGGAGCGGCAGACCCUGGAAAGGGCGACGGAAGCCGCGUUUGAGGCUACGUUUAGUCGGUCGGGUUUUGAAGGAGAGGCGGCGCCAUCGCCGCCGAGUCAGCCCAGCACAAGGGUAUGGAAUGUGAACCAGGAUGGCCAGAUGGAAGACGUCGACGAGGAGGCCGCCGACGGCCAAGCCCCUAGACGUCGUCUGCUGGAUGUGAUGCCCGCGGCACCCCCCACGGCAGCACCACACAGAAACCGAACGACGACGGAACCAGAGCAUGUCCCAAAUCGACGACGACGACGACCGCCGCCCGAGGUGUCGUCGGCAGUGUAUUACCCACAGAUGGAUGAUCAUAUAUCGUCUACGAGUGUGCUAAGGGCAGACAAGGCGGGGCGUCGUGCGUGGCCUCUUGUGAUGCCAUCACCACGCCAGCCAUCGCCUGCAUCGAAUGGUGACGACACUGGCACCGUCGGGGUCGAGGAUUACGAGAGGCCAUCGGCACUGGGCAAGACUGUGCAUGGUCCAGCUGUGGACACGAUUCAAGACAACGAUGCUGUGGCAAGUCCAAAACAAUCGAUGACGUUGACAACAGAUCCUGCAGAGAUCGGAACGAACGGUAGACUCUACGAGGGUGAGCCAACCUCGGCAGAGAGUCCCCAUGGAUCGGUGUGGAGCAGUAGUAGUAGUAGUACUAGUCUCGACUACGACGACGAUGGUGACACCCCCAUCCCACCAUUGCCGCCUGUGGAAGCGACGAUAGCAGGACGGUUGUCACCGGCAUUGUCACCACCAGUUGAAUUCACGACGGAGCAGCAUCCCAUCAUCUCAAGCGUACAACCAAACGAGUCACUCCAACCAGCAGCAGCAUUGUCACCACGUCAUGCACCAUCUCUAUCGUCAUUGUCACCCAGCUCCAAUCACAGCAUAUCGUCGUCGUCAUCUCGACGUGGUGCUUUAACCAAGGACUUGUCAUGUGUCAGGUCGUCGUCCUCGUCGUCGUCGUUGUCCGAGCCAGCAAUUGCCACACAGAUGAACGAUGCUGCGUCCAGCUUGGACCCGAGCACACUUGAAGGCAUCGAAGGCCCGAGCACGCUCACGACCUCCCACGACAUGACGACCACGUUCACGGCGGCCAGUGGAGACGAGCCCCCGACUUCACCAUCCGUGUCUACAAGGAUGCUGGUAUCGUCGGGUGUCAUCUCGAGCCAGCAGUCGUCGCCCCCACACGAUGACGCCACAUCAGUUGCUCUGCAACAUCUGAGUGGUUCACCUACACGGGUGGUGGUGGUCGUUCCCCCGACAUCAUCACCCCCUUCGAGUGGGGUCGACAAAGGAACCCAGGUCGUACAUCCCGCCGACAUUACUGUACCAGAGAGAUCUCUACCGCCGCCCGCUUUGGUGUGUCGUACAGACAAAGAGGCCAAGUGGGACGCUGCCGACGUUCGGCUAUCCAUUACGUUCGACACGGCCGCCCCCCCGCCCCUUCGCGACGAUUUCUGCCACACAUCCAACGGCCAUACAUCUCAUCUUCGUCGUGGGUCUCCAUCUUGGCAUGGCGACCACGAGUUCCACGCUGCCGCCAGUUCCAGCGAUGACGAUGACAAUGCCGAUGACGACACUGACUUGCCAUGCUUUGACUUGAACUCGUCAACGUACUCGUCCGAAGGGUACGCGUGGGAUCCUCAUGCUCCUGCUUCUCCGCUUCAACCCCCUCGCCAUCAGUCCGAGUCGGCGCCCACUCUGACAUUUCCGCCGGCUUUCCAUCCCACGGUUCGUACGUUGCGCCGGAUGUCCUCUCUAUCCAACAGCAGCAGCAGCAGUAGCCUCUCGUCGUCGUCGUCGUCAACUGUCUUUUCUGCCACGGCGGCGCGGUUGCCACAGUCGUCUUCUGCCCUCCAACGAGACCGCCAGCGCCUCCAGGACCUGCUCGGGUCCUCCUCUUCGUCGUCGUCGUCGUCUGCCUACUCGACCAAGGAACAACAUGACAAGGAACAACAUGAUGCCAUGCAAUAUGCCGUUGGCCGCAUGCGACAGAGUGUGCACGACCUGUCCAACAUGUCCACGUCACUAGUACCUACUACUAGUAGUAGUAGACGUGACGUGGCGAACGAAGAAGAAGAGGACAUGGAAGUUGUUCCUAUAACGAGGGAAGAAAAAAACGACCCGUCAACUGUCCGUGGUCAUCAACGUGAACGGAACAGCGACGACAACCCUCCAGACAGUAUGAUGUUGGCCUGGAAAUCGGCGACGACAGCACCGCUCAUCAACAUGGAUUUGUCCAUGGCGUCGUCAGUGGCCCCGUCGUCACCCAUGUCGUCAUCAUCAUCAUUGUCAUCGUGGUCGAAAAAGACAUCGGAGCCACUGGCCUCCCAGCACUCGUUCUUCCAUGACGACGACGACGACCAUCCAUCCCACGACAUCAUGGCGGGGAAGGCGUCGGCGGCGGACGCCCCGCUCGUGUUGCAGUGGCUCCAACACGCCCCAUCUUUGUCAUCUGACGAAAAUGAUCGAUACGAUGGUCGUGCAGGGCGGCCGUAUCCGCCAGUCUUUGGUGACGACGACAUGCCAGUGGGGGCCGACGACCUCCAUCGCCGCCAUGCGACCGAGACAUCCUCUGGUGCCCAUGAUCAACUUCAUCAUCUGGACGACGUCCACACGAGUCACCACGGGGUCGCAACUACUCGGGAUAUCCACCACCUCAACUUUGAAGACGACGACGACGACGGAUGGUUGGAGGGCAAGCGCAGUCUUCACACGUCCCAAAUGUCUUCGUCGUCAUCGAGUUCGUCGGUGGCAGACUUGGCUCGCGCGGCGAUCGUGGACGGGCGACGGCUUAGCCAUAUCGAAAACCACAUCGCUGUGCCAAUGUCUGCCCAGGUAGUACUCACGCAAGUGCGACCUCGUAGUCCUCUUGAUGCUGGGAGGUGGUUGCAUGAUCCUUUGCAACCUGCGAUGCACAAGACGACUGAAGAACUGGACGAUAUGGCCACAUCCUCCCUAGUAGAUCAUCCAUCUACGGCCACGACCAUGUCCGCAACAGCACAUGUACACACCCAACCUGGUUCAAAUCGGAAUAUCGUAGCCCCAAACUCUGAACAAAGCCUACCUAGCCCUGGUCCAUGGCCACCUCGUGCCAUGCACCACCAGCCAACGGGGUUCCUUCCCGCAGAAAGCCCCGCGCCGCUAGAACGACGACCACCGCUUGAUGCAAAGUCAACAGAAUGUACUGGCGACGACGGCGGCUUCUACUCGCCGGCUCGUGACAUGCAGACUGCCGUUCAAGUGAUGGUGGAGGACGAUGCGCAAUCGCUCCUGUCCAUUCAAUCGAUGCAGUCAUCAUCACAUGGACGUAGCAGUAGCAGCAGCAGCAUGUCUUUGGAUGACACGUCGACGUUGGUGCGCCAGUCGCUGGGGGCAGAUGCGUCGUCGUCUCCCUCUGUUCGAUCACCGUCGACGAAUCCUGCGAUGUCGUUGAACCACCCUCCAUUGUCCUCCCCUGCUCGACCUCCUCCCCGUGUCACAGAACCACAUGACCCUUUUCCCAACAGCGCCCCUUCGUCGUCUGCAUCGUCGGGGGGCCAUGUGAACGUGGCCGAGGACGUCGUGCUCGUCGCUCUCGGCAGCACAUCCUUGCCCCUUCCGUCGUCGUCGUUAUUAUCUCAUCGGGGGAACGAAGGCGCCUUGUCCACUAUCAUCCCCCAACCACCACAACAAGCCACCACCACCACCCAUGACGUGUCUGCCAUCUAUGGCUCGGCGUGGAAAGUUCAGUUUGGCGCAGCUCGGACUCACAAUCCUCCUAAAGAUGCCAAAGAUAUAAUCCAACGAGGUGUGAUGCUCACGACCAUCCACUCGUCGUCGUCACCUGCCGUCGACGCGUCUUCGAUUGGAGCGACUGCCAUGCAGUCGGUCCGGAUGUCGGACAUCCACGCAGCUCUACCGCCGGCAUCCGCGCCGCUAGCUAGGCUCCAACCAUCACCCCAUAGCCCCCCCACGGCUGCUUCCAUUCACCCAACGACCCAUGAUGCCACUCGUCGAGCUCCAUCGACGUCGACGAAGGAGGAAGCAUGCUCGUCGCGAGUGAUCGUGUAUCCGCCGCUAUACUCUAGUACCUCGGAGGACUUUGUGCCGCCGCCUCCAUCAUUCAAUAGGCAUAGCAUGAGACCCCCAUCACCACCUUUGCCAUCAUCUCCUUCGUAUGAACCAGACGAUUCUGCCAGCUACGAAGAGGAGGAUGCAGUGCAGCGGAUGCCAGCUACACUCUUGCAAUCGACGGGGCUUGGUGGGUCGUCUAGGAGGCCCAUGGGUUUAUAUGAACGGGGCGACACUGGUGAUGAUAGCACAUGCGAGCCGUAUUGGAGCAUGUCAUAUCGAGGAGAUGGAAGAGGGAUGCCGGAACUGCUGCCGCCGAUGCCGUUUCCAUUCCCCAUGGAUAUGUCUGUGCCGCCGCCACCGCCGCCGCUCGAGCCGUCUUCGUUCGUUUAUGUUGGUCCCAACACGAACAACGACGACCAAGAAGAUGACAUGUCGUCGUCACCAGAACCAGUCUCCAUCGCCGACCACCUUCGGCUACGAAACCCCGCGCUGUACCACCGCAUGAGUCAACGGAAGAUGCCACGUCCGACUCCGUCCCGUGGCGGCACUACCCCCGAUGAACAACGAGGUAUGCAUACUUGUUCCCGACUUCAUGUCCACUCUCUAUGUGUCGCCUGACAUGAACACGCCAACUUGUGUGGUGCUCUUCUCAUGAGGAUUGAUUGAAUAAUGUGCUAGCCCAACAGUCAAGUCGUGGCAGCACCGAUGACCCUCGUACACAUACGACACCAUCCGCCACCGAGCACAUUCUAAUGCCGCCUUCCCAAGACACAACCAGACCGCCACCAUCACAACGCAGGUCGAGGGUCCGUGAAGGCCGGGACGUCAUCUCGCCGGCUGAAAUGAAAGCGCGCAAUCAGCGGCUGUACGAAAAGUUGCCCGAGGUUGUGGAACAGAAGCGACAGGAUGAGAUUGCAAGGCAGCGGAUAGACCGACUCCGGAAACUCCGCGAAGACGACAAAGCCAGGCGGCACGCGGCCAGACGUGGCACUCACCGCUGAGUCCCCAGUACACUUCGAAGUAUUUACUUGCACUCACGUCAUUUUACGUUUAAACGGAACCGUGGACUUAAAACGACAAUGCCAAACCGCU